AAUACUCCUUUUGAAGUUAUGAAAUCACCUAUUGCUCUCAUCCUGCUCUUUACACUUGCCCUGUACACGAAUGCAAGAAAAGACCGUGGAGAAUAUUGGAGAGAGGUGAUGAAAGAUGAGCCAAUGCCCAAAGCAAUCCAACAUCUUAUGCCUCGAUCACAUAGAGAGAAAAGUGAUUGUCACAAAUCAUCUUUCGAGCCAAGGCCAAAUGUAUCUAGUUAUCAUGAUGAUGACGUUGGUGUCAAACAAGAAAGAGAUUUCGAGCCAAAGUCAAAUGCAUCUAGUUAUCAUGAUGACAAUGUUGGUCUCAAACAAAAAAAAGUUUUUGAGCCAAGACCAAAUUUAUCUAGUUAUCAUGACGAUGAUGCUGAUCUCAAACAAGAAAAAGAAUUUGAUCCAAGGCCAAAUGUUUCAGUGUACCAUGAUUGAUAACAUGGUAUGAGUAUCAUGUGUCAGUGUGUCUUCUUGCUUUUUUGUGUGCCUCCCAAUGUAAAAGUGAUCUUAAAUAAGAAAAAAAAGUAGUUGAUGGUUGUAUUCAAAUAUAUCUUGAAUUUAAUACUAUGUAUUAUAUAUUAUAAGCAAUUAUGAUAUGCG